CGAGCCCGGAGGGGCCGGGGCUGCCGCAGCGCCGCGCAGGUCCCGCCGCCCGCCCGGCACCGAGCGCGCCCGUCCCGCCCGCCCCGCGCCGAGCGCUGCUCUGCCCGCGCUCGGGGCGCUCCGCUCCGCUCCGCUCCGCUGCCGCCGCCCCGGCCGGAGCCCCUGACCCACCAUGACGUUCAAGCAAGCAUCCAUGAUGGCCCCAGAGGCCACGGCCAGCACGCUGCCCAUGAGCACGAUGGAGAACUCCACUGAGGCUGCGGGGCCGGGCGAGAGCAAGGAGGACAUGUUCACCAAGCUGAGGGACAAGUUCAUGAAUGAGCUCAACAAGAUCCCCUUGCCACCCUGGGCCCUCAUCGCCAUUGCAGUUGUGGCUGGACUCCUCAUCCUCACCUGUUGCUUCUGCAUCUGCAAGAAGUGCUGCUGCAAGAAGAAGAAGAACAAGAAGGAGAAGGGCAAAGGCAUGAAGAAUGCCAUGAACAUGAAGGACAUGAAGUCAGGCAACCAGGACGACGAUGACGCAGAGACGGGUCUGACAGAGGGGGAAGGUGAGGAAGAGGAGAAGGAGCCAGAGAACCUGGGCAAGCUGCAGUUCUCACUGGACUAUGAUUUCCAGGCAAACCAGCUCACAGUGGGGAUCCUCCAAGCUGCUGAACUGCCAGCUUUGGACAUGGGUGGCACCUCAGACCCCUACGUCAAGGUGUUCCUGCUCCCUGACAAAAAGAAAAAGUAUGAGACCAAAGUGCAGAAGAAGACCCUCAACCCUGCCUUCAAUGAGACCUUCACUUUCAAGGUGCCCUACCAGGAGCUGGGUGGGAAGACGCUGGUGAUGGCCAUCUACGACUUCGAUCGCUUCUCCAAGCACGACAUCAUCGGUGAGGUGAAGGUGCCCAUGAACACAGUGGACCUGGGCCAGCCCAUCGAGGAGUGGCGGGACCUGCAGAGUGGCGAGAAGGAGGAGCCAGAGAAGCUGGGAGAUAUCUGCAUCUCCCUCCGGUACGUGCCCACGGCCGGGAAGCUCACUGUCUGCAUCCUGGAAGCCAAGAACCUGAAGAAGAUGGAUGUUGGGGGCCUCUCAGAUCCCUAUGUGAAGAUCCACCUGCUGCAGAAUGGCAAGAGGUUGAAGAAGAAGAAGACCACAGUCAAGAAGAAGACCCUGAACCCCUACUUCAAUGAGUCCUUCAGUUUUGAGAUCCCCUUUGAGCAGAUACAGAAAGUGCAAGUGGUCAUCACAGUGCUGGACUACGACAAGCUGGGGAAGAAUGAAGCCAUCGGCAAGAUCUUCACGGGCUUGAACUCCACGGGCACGGAGCUGCGGCACUGGUCCGACAUGCUGGCCAACCCGCGGCGGCCCAUCGCCCAGUGGCACUCGCUGAAGCCAGAGGAGGAAGUAGAUGCAGCUCUCGGCAAGAACAAAUAGGCAGCUCUGCCGGCCGGCGCGGCGCUGCGGACACUUGACCCAGAGCUACUGAUACCUCAGUUCUGCAACCUUCCUUUUGGUUUUUGUUCUAAGCUGAAAUGCCCUUCGAUGCCUCUGGAAGGGUAUCCAGGCAGUCCCAAUAGCUUCCAGGGGAAGAGGUUAAAGACAUGGAUGGUUCUUUUUGUUCUUCAGCAUCGCUCCCUUCUGCUGCAUGUCCCAUUGCCUCUGCUCGCCAUCCCUUCCCAGUGCAAAGCCAGCAGCACGCCUGGGACCUUCCCCAGCAGCUGUGUCACCAGCCUGCAGCAUUCCUGCCACCAUCCUGCCCUUGGGAUCACGUGGGGAACUGUGGAACGUUGCGUGGAGGUGAUACUGGAGCCUGAUGGUGCGAGAUGACCAGACCCACUGUGCUUGGUUGGGGCAUGACCAGCAGUGAGUCAGAAAAAUGGUGCAGAACACCCUCUGAAGAGACCUGGGUGCCUCCCCCUGGCCCUCCCCAAGGAAGGCUGAGUGCCCCUGGCCAGCUCCAGGUUUGGGUUCUCUGAGGAGAGGCUUGCAGGGGCCAUGGAUCCUGCUGGGGUGGUGGGGUGCCAAGCCCUCAGUGUUGCAGCAGGAGCUGUGGAGGCCAGUCUGGGCACAACGAUCCUCAGGAGGGCUGCUCCAAGGAGACACAGGGGGAGAUGUGGAUGCACCAGCAGCACUGUGUGGAUCACCACCAGCAGCAGCACCACAACCUCUGUUUUGUCCCCAGAGGGGCAGCGCUGGGUGAUUUGCACCUGUGUCCCACCAUGCUUGGUGAAUCCCAUAGAUCAAAAUGCUUCCACGAGGCAGGUUUACAAUGAGAGGUCUCCAGAUGUGAUGGGGGUAACCCCCCAGAGCUGAACCAGGUGUCUCCCCAGAGACUGUCCAUCGCAUGUCCCAUCAUUGCUGUGGGUGCCUCAGCCUCGGGACAGCCAGGGGGCCAUGGGGAGCUCCAGCCCCACCACCUGCUGCAGGUGGGGAUGGCAAGAGCAAGCCUGGGGCCUGGGGCCAACAAGGGACCAAAGCCCCUGACCCCCAUGAGCUGUUACUCCCCACCAGGCCAUUGGCUGUUAAACCCACCCCAUCCUGCUCCCCUUGGGGUAUAAGCCAUAUCCACGACCCUGACAGUGGCUAAGAGCUUCUCUAGGCUACUUCUCCCACUGUUCCAGAAAAGCCCCUGAGCCAGAAAGCCAACACAGCUCUCUGCAGCUGGGAGAGGGUCCAGCCCUGCCCAGUUCAGUCCAGUCUGUACUGGAGCACUGAUGUUAGCUCAUGUCCCUGUCCCAGCUCCAGCUCCACAGCAGCCUCACUUUGUCUCUGCUCCUUUUGGCUUCCCUGGACUCAGUGUGGGGGUUCCAGCACUGCAGCAGUGAAGGGCUGAGCCCAGGGAUGUGCUGGCACUGGGGACACUGCUCUGGGCUGGGACCACUGCUCUGGGCUGGGACCAGGUCCAGGGACACAGUGCCAAAACUGAGCUCAUCCCAAUGCUGUGGGAUGCUUUAGCAGCUCCCGCAGCUCUGACUUCCCGAAGGGCAUCCUGGCCCUCUCCAGAGGUGGGGAGAUGAUGGGAAACUUGGUGGCAGUCACUGGGUUUGAAACUUGGCUCAGGGGGUUCAAAUGGACAUGGGGACCAGCCCCUGUCCCUGGAGGGCUGUGCAGCUCUGGGACAGGUGCCCAGGGCAGGACAUCUCCAUCUGUGGGAGGUUUGGGGCUCGGAUGGCCGAGCUGCAGUGUGGGAAGGGGAUGUUGGACAGGGACCUCUAACGAGCACCUCCACCACCACUGUGGCUGCACUUGGCCCAUGCCCUGGUGAAGGUGGCACCGGGGCCACGCUGGGUCUGCAGGGGUCAUCCAGCCAGUGGUCUCUCAGGGCCAUCUCCAGCUUUAAUUAGUCCCUUUUCCUAAUGAAUGUGUCAGUAUCAACAGAAGGGGUCCUGCCCUGCCCCUGUAGCCAAAGGGAGAAGAAGUCUUUGUUUGCUUUUAAUAAUGGGGAGCUGCAGGGGGGCCGAUGCCCCAUGGUCAGGAGCACUGCUAGGACUCAGUCUCAUUUUGGGGUCCAUCCAGGUGUCGGGGGCAGGGGGGUGUGGGGUGUAUGGGGGCAUUUGCCUUACAUGCAAUGGGUUAAAAGAAGAGGAAUUAGAAAAAGCACUGAAAUUCUACUGUUUGCAGCCAGCGAGUGUGCAUGGCCCCGCAGCCUUCCCAGGGAAGCAGGUGGAGGUGUGUACACCUGCACAUCUGCACACCUGCACAUCUGCACACCUGCACAUCACACCUGCACACCCCAGAUGCACCCCCUCCUGUGUGCUCCCCUCCACCCCUCUGCCCCCAGACCCACCGCAUCGGCCGGGGUCCGGAGAUCCAGGCCAGGAGUGCUCAUCCACCCUGGCUGCUUUCCAUUCAGACUCUUCAAGCCUUGGAGGGGGAAGACUGUGACUUUAAUACAUGAUUUAAUUUUUUUUUUAAUAAAAAAGGGAAAACCAACCAACAUCCUGAAGCCAUCUGCGCUGCCUCUGACCCGCCCCUUAGCUGUGUGUAGGUGAAUUAUAUGGAGACAUAGCUGUAUAUACCACGAGCAGUGCAUGUGACGCAGCCACGUAGCAGUAGCAGCAUGGCCCCAGCCCGGCGGCUGCCACCCUCCCAGCGCCGCCGUCCCCAUCUCCGGCCUCCCGCCAGGGAGGAGGCGGCCACUACCAAAACCCAUCGCUCGAGAGCUCUCCACCGCCCUGAUUUUUCCCCCCCAGUUAAAAUGAAAAUCCCCAAUUAAUCAUAUAAAAGAAAAUAAUGCCAAGAAGCAAAGCAUGCCAAGCCCGACCCGCCAGCGGAGAGUGAGCUCUCACCGACGCGGCCGUGGUGUCCAUGUGUGUCGUGUUCCUGUGUCUUGUCACGUUUGUCCCAUGGCCGGGUAGCAGCUACAUCGUGGCUUCGGUGUCCUGUGUCGCGUUGGUGCAUCUCACCGUCAGAGCAACUUUAGAAGCCAUAUUAGAGCACGGUGCACCGGGACCCCACAGGGACAGGCCCACGGUGAGCCGUGACCCCUUCCCCCCAUGUGUCCACGUCCCCCCGGUUUCGUGGGGCUCAGGCUGCCAGGAGCCGCAGCGGCCACCGCCCUGCUGGCCUUGGGUGCCGCUGUCACGCCGGGCGAGGGGACAGGACAACGCUGGGCACAGAUGGGAUCGACCUGCUGGUGGUGAAAAGGCUUUUUGGAGCAAUUUGGGUUAUUUCUGCCAUGUCCGAUCAGUGGUUUCUGUUUUGGGGACGAGAGCUGGCACUUCCCUCUCCUGGUGGCACCGUGGAGCAAACCCAGCUGUGCCAUGGAGAUGCUCCCCGGGUUAAAAAAGGAAGUGAAUCCACGAGCCUUGGCAACAGGCUCGGGUUCCUUUCCUUUUUUCUCCCGAUCUGGGACAGAGGAGCCAGCUCCUUUGGGAGUCGCAGGCUCGGCCACUCUCGGCCCCGCAGUGCCGGCCCCGCUCGGACCGUCCCAGCCCCGCAGCGCUCGGCUCCGGCGGAAGCUGCUUUUAAUGCCCCUUCCCCUCGUGUGGACUCUGUCGUUCUGUCUCUGAUUGUUUGAUGGUUAUUUUGUAAUGAUUUACGUCUCCUUAUUAAAGAAAUGAGCUGAAAGGA